AUGGCUUUCAGGCAGCUGAAAUUCAAGGAACUGGGCGAGGAGGAGCCCACCUGGGAGCAGGAGAGCCUGGAGAGCCUGAAGGCGCUGGCGGCCAAGCUGAAGCUGCAGACGCGGCGCCCCUCGUACCUGGAGUGGGAGGCGCGGGUGAGGGGGCAGCGCUGGGGCACCCCCGGGGCACCGCAGAGCCCCCCGCACCGCCAGGAGCAGCAGCCGGGUGGCGUUUGUGGCUUUGCCACCGUGGAGGCGGCUCUGGAGUGGCUCAGGACGGAGCUGCGGGAGAUGCAGGCCCUGGACCAGCGGCUGGCGCAGCAGCUGAUGCGGCUGCGGGCGCGGCUGCACCGGCUGAAGGUGGAGCAGGCCUGCCACCAGCACAAGGAGAUGCUGGACGACGCCACCUUCGGCCUCGAGGGCUGCGAGGAAGACUCGGAUCUGCUGUGCACCAUCCCCCCCAAGGCCGCCUUCCUGCUCUCCACGCCGCUCAAGCACAUCGGCGUCACCCGCAUGAACAUCAACUCCCGCCGCUUCUCGCUGUGCUGAGCGCGCCCCGCCCGGGGCACCGCGGGCAUCUGGGGGCCCUCGGGACUCUGGGGCUGCGGUGACAGCGGAGUGUCACCGUGCCCGUGGGUGCCGCCAUUGCCCCCAGGGCAUCGGGGAUGUCACCAUCCCUGUGGGGCACAGGCGUCACCAUCCCCAUGGGUGUCACCAUCCCCAUGGGCACAGGAGUGUCACCAUCCCUGUGGGGCACUGGGAGUGUCACCAUCGUCCCCAGGGCAUGGCAA